AUGUCUUCCUCCGCAGAAUGGUCGCCCGACUCCUGGCGCUCAAAACCCAUCAAGCAAGCUCCCGCCUACCCAGACGAAGCCGGCUUGAAAAAGUCCGUCAAAGAGUUGGCACGGCUACCCCCCAUUGUCCACCCAAAGGAAAUUGUCGCACUCAAGCAGCACCUACGUGAUGUAGCACUCGGCGAGGCUUUCCUACUGCAGGGCGGUGACUGCGCGGAGCUGUUCGACUACUGCGAGCCCAAUGCAAUCGAGUCAAAGAUUAAGCUGCUGCUGCAGAUGAGUUUGGUCCUCGUUUGGGGUGCCGACAAGCGCGUGGUGCGCAUUGGCCGAAUGGCUGGCCAGUAUGCCAAGCCCAGAUCGAGCCCUACAGAAAUGGUUGACGGUGUGGAGAUGCCUUCAUUCCGUGGUGACAUUCUCAACGGCUUUCAAGUUGAUGAGCGUGAAAUUGACCCGCAGAGACUCGUAAAGGCCUACCAGUAUUCUUCGGCAACCCUCAACUAUAUCAGAGCAUGCCUCUCAUCAGGCAUCGCCGAUCUCCACAAGCCGCUGGACUGGGGCCUGGGCCACGUGCGGGACCCGGAGCUGAAGCGGAAGUACUCCGAGGCCGUCCUCUCCCUCACAGACAUGCUCCGCUUCCUCCACACCAUCGGCGCCGACCGCAGCGACAAGCUGGACACGGUCGACCUCUUCACCAGCCACGAGGGCCUCCUCCUCGAGUACGAGCAGCCGCUGACCCGCCUCCUGGAGACGCCCGUCCCGCGUCCCACGGCAAACGGCAACGGCUCCCGGAACGGCAGCAGCGGCCCCACCGAGACCAAGAAGGAGUACUAUGACACCUCGGCCCAUUUCCUCUGGAUCGGCGACCGCACCCGGCAAAUCGACGGCGCCCACGUCGAGUUCUUCCGCGGCAUCGCCAACCCCAUCGGCAUCAAAGUUGGACCCACCACGCCCGCGGACGACCUCCUCGCCCUGCUGCGCGCCCUCAACCCGGACAAGGAGCCCGGCAAGAUCACCCUUAUCACGCGGUACGGUGCCUCGAAAGUGCGCUCGCUGCUGCCGGCGCACAUCCGCGCCGUCGAGGACAGCGAGUACCACCGCUGCGUGGUCUGGCAGUGCGACCCCAUGCACGGCAACACGGUCUCGACGGGCGGCGGCAUCAAGACGCGGCGCUUCCGCGACAUCUUUGAGGAGCUGCAGGAGACGCUGCGCAUCCACAAGGAGCAGAAGAGUUACCUGGGCGGCGUCCACCUCGAGCUCACCGGUGAUGCUGUGACGGAGUGUCUGGGCGGUAGCGAGGGGCUGGACGAGGAUGAUUUGUCGACCAACUACACGAGUUUCUGCGACCCGAGACUCAAUGAGAAGCAGGCGCUCGAACUGGCCUUCUUGAUUGCGGAUCACUACAGGAAUGAGAGAAGACCGGUUUUCAACUUCAAGCAAUCCGAACGCGCGGACAGAAUCCGCCGCCUCACGGCCUACAAAGGCCCCUUUUCACCACAAGACCGCCAGAUCCUGGACAAACCCAUCGAGGAACUCGUCCAAGAUGUCCACAAGACCAUCCUCAAGCCCAUUGACAUUCUCAAAACCUACGGUAAAGUAGCCCUCAAGGCCCACGAGCGCACAAACUGCCUCACCGAGGUCAUGCUCGAGUCCGCCGAGAAGUGGGUGUCGGACGGCUCCGUCAACCUCAAGGGCCCGCUAGCCGGCAUCCCCGUCAGCCUCAAAGACACAAUCGUCGUCGGCGGAUACGACACCACCGUCGGCUUCAGCAGCUUCGUGGGCAACAAGACGGCCACCGACGGCCCCGUCGUCCGCCUCCUCAAGGACGCAGGCGCCGUCCCCUACGUGAAGACCAACCUCCCCAUCACCCUCCUCAGCUUCGAGUCCACAAACGACGUAUGGGGCCGUUGCACGAACCCGCACAACAGCCGCUACUCCCCCGGUGGCUCCACGGGUGGCGAGUCCGCCCUCCUCGCCAUGGGCGGGCGCAUCGGCAUCGGCAGCGACGUCGCGGGCAGCGUGCGGGCGCCGGCGCAUUUCUCGGGGUGCUACAGCCUCCGAUGCUCCACGGGCCGAUGGCCGAAGCUGGGCUUCUGCACGAGCAUGCCGGGCCAGGAGGGCGUGCCGUCCGUGUACAGCCCCAUGACGAGGACGCUCGACGACCUGCGGUAUUUCACGCGGGCCGUGGUGGGGAUGAAGCCGUGGGAGUACGACUACAGCGUCCACCCGCUGGCGUGGCGUUCCGAGACGGAGAAGACGUGGCUGGACGACAAGAAGAAGCUCCGCGUCGGCGUGAUGCGCACCGAUGGCGUCGUGGACCCUAGCCCGGCGUGCAGGCGCGCGCUGGAGAUGGUGGAGAACGCGCUGCUCAAGGAGGGCCACGAGAUCGUCGAGAUUAACCCGCCCUCCCCCUACGAGGGCCUCAAGAUCGCCGCUCUGGCUUUGAAUGCCGACGGAUGCCAGAUGUUCAGCACCUUCUUCCGCACGGGGGAGUGGAACGACCCGGGCGCCGCGCAGAUGAAGUUCCUGAUGAACCUCGCCAGUCCCUUGCGGUAUCUCUACUACCUCUGGGUGAAGUACGUCCGCCGCGACGACAUCUGGGCGGACCUCGUCCGGGACUGGCGGCCGCAGUCGGCGUUUGAGAACUGGAAGCUCGUCGCGCGGCGCGAGGCGUACCGGAAUCAGUGGUUUGAGUGGUGGAACAAGGCGGAGGUCGACUUUUUGAUCACGCCGCCUAAUGCUACGCCUGCUGUGCCGCAUGACGGGAUGAAGGAUGCGUGUAGUAGCUGCGGGUACACGUUCCUAUUCAACCUGCUCGACUACACCGCCGGCGUCCUCCCUGUGACACACGUGGACAAGGACCUGGACCAGCUUCCCGCGGACUUCAACAUCAAGAAGCUCAAUGGCGUGGCGUACGGUGCGUAUAAGCUGUACGAUGCCAAGGAUAUGCACGGCCUGCCCGUCGGCGUCCAGGUCGUGGGGAGGAGAUUAGAGGAGGAGAAGGUGCUGUCACUCAUGCAGAGGGUAGAGGACGCCUUGGGCGAUGAAAAGUACAAGCUGUUGGACAUUGACUGA